CCAGAAUGCCUGCCCUCCUCCAAAGAGGACAGACACUGGUGGGUGGGGGAAGGACAGACCCCCAUCCUGUUGGCUGCCUUCUGAGGGCAUAGAGAGGAUCUCCAGUGCAGUAAUAGCAGCAGUACCUGGGGAGCUGGUCCCAACCUGCCACAUUCCCAAGCUUCAGCUGCUGUUGCUGAGAGGCCAGAAACUGCUUUUACACCUUCACAAUUCCUGUGUGCACGUGUCAGAGAGGGUAGGCCAGGAGCCUUGUGUCUCUGGUUUCCAGUGCCAGAUGGCGCUGCAGAAGGGCUUGGCAGAAGGUGGCACCUCUUCCUCUACCGCCAGCAACAACCAAGUGCUCCUGGCUGAGCCUCUGCAAAACUCAGAGAAUCAAAUGUGCCCAAUCUGCUUGGACAUCAUCAACAACCAAGUCUCAGUGAGCUGGUGCAGCCAUGCUUUCUGCUUUCCUUGUAUACUGGAGUGGUCCCGCAAUAGACCUACUUGUCCGAUCUGCCGGGUGCCUUUCCGAUACCUCCUCCGCAAAGUGGGAGACAAUAACUACGAGGUGUACUCAAUAAGGCACUACACCAGCUCCACCAGACAUAAUCGAGGAAGGAGAGAUCGUCGCCACUCCUCAGACAGGAGGCGGCAUCAUUCCACAGGCCACAGGCACCGCUUAUCUUCCAGCAGAGCGCGCAGCAAUAGCCGUGCCAGAGACUGGGAAAGGGGCCGAAGCAGAUCCCGGAGGCAGAACCGUGAUGGCCACAGCAGGGGUCAGCAGGCCCAGAGUUUUGACCCCUCAAGCAGCAGGAGACAGCAGCAUGGCAGGGCUCAGGACUUGGCUUCUGAAACUUCUCGUGGUUGGAACCAAGCUGCAAGGCAUGAACGGGAUGUCCCAGUCCGCCUGAGGAGGAGUGAGCACCGUCAUCAGGCACAAUGGGAUCUCUACAGGGAAUCCCGGGCAACAAGUAGACGAUCUCAUAGAUUCCGUUGGACAUCCCACACCUCUGAAUGACAUAGGGACAGAUAGCACACCCUACUAAGAGGGGUACUACUGUAUGCCCUGCUACUAGCAUCAAAAAUUAUACCACUUUAUGCCAAAAAUGGUCCUACUAACAAUUCCAAAACUAAAGUUAAUUCCAACCAUCAAAUAUGGGCUCAGGCACCUAAUGUCUGUUACAAAAUGCACUGGAAAAUCUAAAGAGAUCCUUGCAAUGGUGCUGAGGGUUAUAAGGGUGACAGGCUAGAAGCUUCCCUGCUGCUUUUCUCAUCCUUUUCUAUGUUACACUUAUCUAUAAGAGCUUAUACUGAGUAUUUCCUAUGGCUGAGCCAUUUCUCAUUAUAUUGUGUUUCCAUACUAUGACCAGCUGAAAAUAAAAGGAGAAAGAUCCUUUCUGCUUUUGUGCCAACAACA